GUGACGUGUAACUUUCAUGAUAUCCAAUUUAUUUAUUGAUUACAUUUAUAAAUGAAAUUUUGAAUAAAAAACAUUGAAAACAUCAAAGAAUAACAUGGCGUCUAAGAACAAAUCAUCAGAUAGUUUGAAUAAGAACAAAACUUCUGAGUGCGUUUGGAAAAAAGCAUUUUCAUCUAACACUGAAUGGCCCGACAAGGAAGAGUUCUUGGACGUCAUCUAUUGGAUGCGACAAGCAAUAGGCAUUGCUUUGGGCCUAUGUUGGGGUUUACUGCCAUUGAAAGGAUUCGUUGGAUUAUUACUUUUUGUAGCUGUGAAUGCAGCAGUGAUUUACCUUUAUGUAAAUAACUUUCAAAAUGUUGACGAGGAAGAAUAUGGAGGAAUGUGGGAAAUAACUAAAGAAGGUUUCAUGACCUCAUUUGCUGGAUUUUUGGUAACAUGGAUCAUAAUUUACACAGGGUUACAUGGUAACAACAGUUUAUGAAAUUAAAUUUAGUCUAGUCUUUACUCAACAUCAAUUUGAUAACAAGAGGAGUACAAAGGUUUAAAGAUUGAUCCAACGCCUCUUUGAGAACCUCGUGAAUAUUCUGUUGAUGGUGCUCUGCUGUUUCUCUUGUUUCCUGGGGUACUUCUAUCGCGAAGUUAAUCGAUGGCGGUGAACAGUGUAAAUGGAGCCUUAUGUCUAGU